AUGCAUUCGCCAUCUUUUUCACUUGGACGAGCGAACACCCUCAUAAGGAGUGUUUUUUUUUUGUUUGUUUGUUUGUUUUGUGACCCGCUCUUUCCUUCUUUCCUUCCUUCUUUCUUUCGCAUCAUUGGUGUGUGUAUAUAUUAUUGUUCUUUGCUAAAGUCGUGCUCAAUUUUGCUUUCUUUCUUUCUUUUCCCUCUUCGUUGUACCCGAGACUGCGCACCGUGUGCCUUUGAAUCCGUACGCCUAAUUUUUCUUUUUCUUCUUUCUCUCUACGGGACUCUCGCAUUCAGUACUUUCGUCUUUCCGUAUUCUGAAGCAAAUAAUAUCACCUGCUUCGUGUCGUUUUUGUCCUCGCCCCCUUUUUUUAUUUGCUUUAAUGGUUUGCACAGCAUUCAUUCUGAUAUCGAAGGCGUUGUUUUCAACGAUUUCUUCUUGUGUUGUUGCUUUUCUUUCUCUUGA